AUGCCAUAUAGAUUCCAGCAAAUAUCGCCUAUUCCCAGGAACUCCCCAUUAAAAAUCGCCUAUUCGCCCAGUCUUAGGACUCCUCUUCAUUGGCUCUGCGCUCAUGAUGCCUUGGAAACCGCCAGCGGCGAAUGCCUGGGAGGGUGGCCUUCGCGGCCCUUGCGGCCCUCAGCCUCCGUGAGCGCGCUGGCGCGGGAGCUGAUGCAGCAGUGGCCGCUGGCUGUGCUGAUGCCAGACGCGGUAGGCCUUUGGCCCUUCAGCCACUUUGGGCCUGAUUUUUGCGACAGUCAGACGCCCCACAGCCCACAGCGGGAGCUCCUCCUGACUUUGCUCCACAGCUUGGCGAGCUUGGAAUGCCAACACCCAGAAGUGAUGAUGAUGUUGGACCCGGAGGAACUUCGCAGCCUCCGGUCGUUGCUGCAGAGGAUAGAGACCUCCAGUUGCGACACGGGAACUUCCAAGGUCCUGGAGGCCUUCCGCCGUUUCACGGACGGGGCCCGCCUUGGACGUGAGUCCUCCGUGCCGCGGCGUGUGGCGGCAUUGGAGGCGGAGGAGCAACGCAAGGAUGCGUGGCAGUGGCAGAUGCGGGGCAAGGAGCUGCAGCACCGCCUAGGCGCGCUCCGUCGCCUCAGCGGCCAGCGGAGCUCGCCAGACAAAGCGCCGCGGAGCUUCGCGGAGGCCAUGGCGGAGUGGCACAGGAAGCGGGAAAGCUACGAGGAGCGGCUCCAACAGCUUCGUUUCGAGCUGGGGCGUAUCCCCAGUCAACGGCCACAAGGUGUGACGGUGACAGAGGUGGCCCUGAACGCUGUGCCAGAUGCGGCCUUUUGGGAGGCUGAAGGCACGUUGAGUCGAGCCAGCGAUGCGGAGUUGUUGAUCGCCUCCCUCCGUCGCCAACGCUUGGGCGACGGCGCUGGACCCGGCUGCGGCGUGCGUCGGGCACUGGGGGCUGCGGUGGAACGUCUGGCGGUGGAUCUCUACGAGAUGGAGAGCCACUUCGUCUACGAACUGGUGCAGAAUGCCGACGACAAUUGCUACGACGCCACGGGUGAAGAUCCCUGGCUGCGGCUGGAACUGCACCGUGGAAGCGCGGGCAGUUUCUUCGUUUCGGUCAACAACGAGUUGGGCCUGACGACGCAGGACGUACGGGCCAUUUGCGAUGUGAAUGCCAGUAGCAAGAGGGGACGGCAAGGCGUGACAGGGCACAAAGGCAUCGGUUGGAAGAGCUGCUUCCAGGUUUCAGAUUGUCCCUACAUGCUCUCUGGAGCCUUUACUUUCAAGUUCGAUGUGAAGUCCCUUGGAACCUUGGGCUACGUCACCCCUACCUGGGUUGGAGAAGAGGAGCUCCAUUCCUUGCCACAGCUGGUCUGGGAGGCCUACUAUGCAGGUUACACCGUGACGUACCUACCCUUGAGGCAGGGCACCGAAGAUUCCGUGGAGUUGGCAAUGGCACACCUAGAGGAGCACUUGCCUUGUCUCCUCUUCCUUCGCCGCUUGAAAUCCCUGGAACUCUGUGGCGGCGAGACGGUGCGACUGGCUGUGGAGGACCAGGGCUCUGACUGCGUAGCAGUGCACCGCAGCACAGGCGUUCCUUCUGCUGUUCCUUCUGCCGUCAACGCGGAGGCCGCGGAGGCGCAAUCCACGUGGCAGUUCUUGGUGCACCGGCACAGAGUACUCUUGGAGGAAAAGGAGUUGAUUCUCACCCUGGCCUUUCCAGAUGGGCCGACAGCAUCAAAGCUGCCUCCGCAGGCCUUGUACUGUCUUCUGCCUGUGAGGAAGUUGGGCUUCUGCUUUUGUCUGGACGGCCCCUUUGAACUCAUCGCCAGCCGUGGGGACAUCCACGAAGGAAGCCGCCGGAAUCAGGCGCUCUGCGAGGAGUUGCCUGCUGCAUUUGCAGGUGCCUUAGAGAGGCAUCGAUCCUUAGCUCCCCGCGCUCUGGAGCUGCUGGGACCUCCACCCCCGGAGCCCUUCUGGCAGCGGGUGCAUAGCAGCGUGUUAGAUCAACUUCAGGGGACUGCGUGCGUUCCGCUGGAGGAGGGUGGUUUGGAAGAACCGGAACGCUGCUUGCUACGGCCCGCAGGUUUGGCAGGAGACGCGUCGCGCUUGAUCCCCUCCUCCCUGUUGUGGUGCGCCUGUGGCAAGCGCUGGGCGGCAGCCAGCAACAUGGGCGCCCUCGAGGAAAUGACGUUUGAGCACGUUGUCCAAGUGCUGCGGCACCGCGAUGACGAGUGGCCGCACGGUCUUUGUGCUUCGUGGCGAUCUAAGGACGUUGCCGCGAAACAUUUCCGGUGCCUCUUCGCGUACCUGGGCGAGGUGCUGGAGACCGCCGAUGUGGCCGCGGAGGUCUUGCAAGAACUCUGGCACUUGGAACUGCUUCCGGCGGAGCUCAUGGAGGAACCCGAUGAUCCUGCGGCUGUCACGGGAUCAACGGGAUCGCCGCGCUUGUACCGUCUCAGUGAUGGAGUUUUUGCACCCCGCCACCAGCUGGGUGCUGUACCUUGCUGGGCCUGGAAGAAGUUGGUUGACGUCAAACUGCUGAAACUCCUAGAUGAGGCGUUCAUCGGUCCGGAGUCAACUGAGUUGUCCUUCGUGCAAAGGGUCUUGGUGCCGUUGAGCCCCGAGGUGCUGUACCAGCAAAUCCGUGAGCACUUCGUGCUGGAAGUCCAUCCCCAUGAGGUCUUAUGGGCCCUGCUGGCACUUCUGCAGCACCUCUUUCUGCAGGAAGCCACGCCCGCUGAGGGCUGGCAUGCAUUGGGGGAGGUCCUGAGGCUCCCAUCCCUCUGCGGCACCUCCGUGCGCGCGAGUCGCGCCGUGCUGCCGACGUUCCUCGGCUGCGCGCUGGAGACGGCGCCGCUGCAGCGCGCGGCGCGGAUGGCGACAGCGGCAUGCGGACGGCGUGCGGCGGAGAUUACAGCCUGCUGCACUGGUGGACUACCGCUGGGCUUCAGCUUCCUUGACACGGCCUAUUUGACCUACGGCGAACCUGUCGCCUGGGAGGCCUUCUUCGUCGCCCUGGGCGUGCGCCCCCUGCGGCCGCGGCGAGUCGGCGUCGUCAACGUUGCGAACGUUGGAAGGGUGCCGGAGGCGAAGAAGUUGCCGCAGGUGGCGUCAAGUUCCAAAAACGCCCAGAUCUGGGCGCAGCGCAAAGUGGAACAACUGAGCCAAGCGCAGCUCUGUGACAUGCUGAUUUCGGUUCACCCGAAGCAGCUCUUUGAGGAUGAGGUGCGCCGCGCAACCGGUGACACCGUGGUGGGCGGACAUCCUUUACUGAAGCUUUCCGCAUUGAGCAGUGGCGACGCAUCCAGCCUGAUUGGUUGA